AUGACCCCCAACGCCUCGCACGAUCGUACUCUACUCCCCCUCACUGCAAUUGCAACCCGCCUCCUCCCUCCUAAGCGCCUCGACGUCCCCCACCCAAGCCCGAUUUUCGCAGAACCUCCGACCCCCUCAUCCGCUGCCACGAUCCGCGACAACCUGCCCCCGGCCCUCGAAGACGACGUCCGCAUGUCGCAGGCCCCCCGUGCGCGCAGUUCAAGCAGGACCUAUCGUUGGAUAGAAGAACAACAACAUCAUCUCACUACCCCUGCCGCCCUCGACGAUACCCCUCAGAUGAUCCCUGGAACCCACCCGUACCUCGCUUACCCCUCCAUGAGCGCUGCCUCCCUGGCCCCGCCCCGAGUCGACUAUGUCAAUGGAGGUGUUGGGCAUUCGACCCAGAACGCGUCCACAGGCCGGGACGCGAAGGUCACGCAGGGAACGGAACCGCCGAGCGACGCUUCCACGCCGCGCAAGAGCAGAAGCUCGCACGGCCUUUUCUUCUCCGCCCAGUCGCCUCUCCGGGGCCUCCACCUCAACUUUUCUCCCCGCCGCGCCUGUCCUGCCACCUCCGGACCCGCGCCUCGCGCGCACAGUCCGGCUGCUUCCUCGACCUCCACCUUCCGGCGGACCGUCGAACUUCCCGUCUCCCAUGCCCGUGGCUCCAGUCCCUCGGUUUCGAGCAUCGCACCGCGGCCCGCGCGUGCUGACCUCCCGGAGGUGACGCUCACCCCGCCGAAGACGACGGUAUGGAAGUUCAAGCGGCCGUCCGUCUCAGGCCAUUUUACGGUGCCGUCCCAGGACGAGGACAGCGAAGGCUCCCCGCCGCCCCGUCCCAGCACCUCCUCCAGCUUCACCCAGUCAGGGUCCUCCGCCACCCGCAUCUCGUCUGACGCGCCGCGCAAGAUGUACUUCGGGUCCACCCGCUCCCAAUCUUCCACCACCAUCUUUGGCUCCUCGCCUUCGUUGUGGUCGCUGCCUGCGGACGCGUCGCACAUGAACGAUCCCCCGGAGUCCACGAAAGUUCUCGCUCGUGACCGGGUCCUGUCCGCGUCCGACGGCGCAACGAUGACCUGGAGACCCCAGUCGCCGUCAAACUUUGGGACCAUCACCAAUGUGCUCUCCAGCCCGAGGGCUCGCAAGAAGAGGAAGCUGAUCAUCAGUGGCAUCCCGCCCCAUGAUGAGCGUCGAUUCGACGCCGUCCGCAAGUGGUGCGAGUCGUUCGGCGAGCUCAGCUCGAUUUCGAGGGUCCCCAACGGCGACCUCCACAUCGACUUCCGUAAAUCGGAAGUCUCGGACACUGUAUGCCGCCUCAACGCGCGAGUGCACAUCGCAGGCGUCGGCAGCGUAGGCCUUUCAUGGUUCACUGGCAAACGCCCGUAA